GAACAAAUACACAAAUAGACUUGAGGCAGGCUAGUUGGUUGAUCUUUGAAUUGUCCAAGGGAGACUUGCGUGCGUUUUUUUUUUCAAAAUAGAAAAUGGGUAGCCUAACCAGGACAGUUUACUGCUAGUCUUCUUGUUUGAUCACAGUUGACUGUGUUUACAGGGGAAGAUUGCUAGCACCGAAGAUUAGGCAGGUAGAAAUCAUGGGAGUUUCUCGAAUGGAAAUAUUAGGAUUUGGUUCAAAUAGGUUUCCAAAAAUGGUGGUUUCAUUUUUGAUAGCUUUCUUUCUGCUGUACAUGCUCUCCGUGGCUUACAGAAGCUCAACUUUUGAUCUAAUUGGGGAAUUUGCCAAAGCUCAUGUCACUGGAGAAAUGGCUGGAAAUGUUAGUAGAGCCUCAGAGUCGGAAGACAAACAUUCAUCUCACCCUGAAAGGGUGGUUGUUGAUAAAUUGCUUGGUGGACUUCUGGCUCCAGGAUUUGAUGAAGAAUCCUGCAUAAGCAGGUACCAAUCGAGCUUGUGUCGCAGAGUUUCACCUCAUAAGCCCUCUUCCUAUCUUGCAUCGAAGCUGCGUAAAUACGAAGAGCUUCAUAAGCGCUGCGGACCUCACACUGAAUCCUACAAUAGAACCCUGAAAGAAUUGAGUUCUAGCCAUAUCAAUGGUACUACAGACUGCAAUUACGUUGUUUGGACGCCCGCUAAUGGCUUGGGGAAUAGGAUUAUUAGCAUGGCUUCAUCAUUUCUGUAUGCUGUCCUCACUAACAGAGUCCUACUUGUCGAUCAUGGAACUGACAUGGCUAAUAUCUUCUGUGAGCCGUUUCCAAAUACAUCAUGGUUACUGCCCAUGGAUUUCCCUCUCAGUAAUCAAUUCUACGGCUUGCAAUCAGGAAAUGUUCACAGUUAUGGGCAGCUGCUAAAGAAUAACAACAUGAACAUCUCAACUGUGUCGCAGCCACCGCCAUUUCUUUAUCUAUAUCUAUCUUUCAACUAUGAUGAAUAUGAGAAGCUUUUUUACCAGGAUCAAAACCAGGGUUUUCUCCAAAACGUCCCUUGGUUGAUUCUGAAGUCAGACCAAUACUUUGCGCCUUACCUCUUCUUGAUCCCAUCUUUCCAGCAAGAACUAGACAAAUUAUUUCCUGAUAAGGAGACUGUUUUUCACCACUUGGUUCGCUAUCUUUUCCACCCUUCAAAUCAAGCCUGGGGACUAAUCACCAGAUUCUAUCAGUCUUACCUGGCCAGUGCAGAGCAGAGAAUUGGUCUUCAAGUAAGAGUAUUCAAUAGAAAAGCGAGUCCAAUUAAAGUUGUUCUGGAGCAGAUACUAGGCUGCGUUCAAAAAGAAAAGCUGCUGCCUCAAGUAGACGAGGAAAAACAUAUAGCUCCUCCAUCAAAAAACAAGACCUCAAGAGCUAUUACAAUAGCAUCAUUAUAUCCAGAAUACUACGAAAGCAUAAAGAACGUGUAUUGGAUGAGACCAACUGUAAAUGGUGAUGUUAUUGGGGUUUACCAGCCAAGUCAUGAAGAGGCUCAACAAUUUGGGAACAACAUCCACAACAUCAAGGCAUGGGCUGAAAUAAACAUCCUAAGUUUGAGUGAUGUUUUGGUGACUAGUUCUUGGUCUACUUUUGGCUAUGUAGCUCAAGGUCUAGGAGGAUUGAAACCAUGGAUUCUAUAUGUUCCUACCGGUGGCCAAACGAAUGACCAGCCGUGUCCACGAGCCGUUUCUAUGGAGCCAUGUUUUCAUUUUCCUCCUAAUUAUUACCAAAAUGCAGGUACCAGACGGAGACUUGACACUGUUUCCCCAGUUCCUCAUAUCAGGCAGUGUGAGGAUGCAAGCACGGGAAUAAAGCUUGUUAAUGAUUAAGCAUUUUUAGUAGCUGAAAUAAUUAGUGAUUCAUCUUGUAAUAAUCUGAUCAUCUUCAAUAUUUUGCUAUCAAAAAUCCAUUUUUCAAA